AGCUGAGGAGGCCACACUUCUCACAUUUGAAGAGACACCGCACAAAGAAGCAGUAAACUCUGCACAGGAGUCUUUUCAGUUGAACUUUGAUUAUUAAGACACUGCAGGAUGGAAAGCAUCAGACAGACAAAUGAGAGAGGAAAAAGAAACUGAACUGUGCGUGUCAACAAAGGCUUGUGGUCUUUUCUGCAGAUUCAACACAGACAAAAAGAAAAAGGACUUGAAAAACCACAAGUGAGCAGCUACUCUCUGGUGCACAGUGCAGGAGUGGAGGUUUAUUAAUUUUCGCCGUACAGGCCACAAAGAAACAUGAACGCAAAGUAGUUUUGAUGGACUUCAGCGACUGGAGAUGAACAUCACAAAAACCAUCGUGACAAAAGGCAUCGCCACAGCUGCCACAACUAUCUCUCAGAUGCCACAUGUUUUCCCUUUUCUAAUCAGCACAAAAACAAGCGACAUGAAUCUGACCACGACCCCGACUCCUAACAAAACAAAAGACUGUUUGGACGACAACCCGCUGCAGACGUCUUUAGCUGUGCUUUACUCUUUCAUCUUCGUUCCGGGUCUGGUUGGAAACUUGGUGGCUCUGUGGGCUUUCUUCUCUGUGCACUCUAAGAAGAAUUCAGUGCGGGUGUUCCUCAUUAACAUAGCAUUUGCCGACCUGCUGCUGAUGGUGUGUCUGCCGUUCAGGGUUCUCUAUCACAGUCGAGGCAAUACCUGGAGCCUGGGUCCCACUCUGUGUAAAGCAGUGGGCACCCUUUUCUACAUGAACAUGUACAUCAGCAUCACUCUGCUGGGGAUGAUCAGCGUGGACCGCUAUCUGAAGAUCCAUCAUGGUGCAGGGAUGUGGCUUAGACUUCUGUUUACAAGAUGGAGCGCCGCCAUCUGUGCGGCCGUCUGGAUUGUGGCCUUUGCCAUGACUUUGGUGAUCGUGACGUCAAAGAGCCACCCACCAUGGGACAAGUGUUUCCAUUACAAGCAGCUUCACGAUGCAAAGUGGAAAGCGUACAUCAACAUCUUCGUGCUGCUCAUCUUCUGGCUCGUCUUCAUCUCUCUAAUGGCGUCUUACGGGAAAAUCGCCCUGAAUCUUCUGAAAAGAUCCAAGGAGAAGCCAGACCUGCCAAAUGCAUCCCGCUACUCUCGAACGGCCAAGAAGUCCUUCUUCAUCCUCUUCGUCUUCACCGUCUGUUUCGUGCCUUAUCACUUAGUUAGGAUUUUCUACAUCAAAACCCAGAUCACGGACACGUCAUGUUUCUGGAUGGGCGUGGCGGAUAAAACCAAUGAGAUCGCUUUGCUGUUUUCUGCGCUCAACAGCUGCCUCGAUCCCGUUAUGUACUUUCUGAUAUCGUCCUCGGUGAGGAAGGAGGUGCUGCGCAUGGCGGGAAGCAUGUGUUGUGUGCGAGACGAUGCCACGGCUCAUGGGAGCAGCUCCACCGUUGAGCUGGAAGACAGAGUUGGAAGGACUGACAGAGGAGAGACUAACAUCAGCUCCGUCAGCGCUUUCAAGCAAUAAAUGUAUCUAAAUGAAGCCUAACUGAGCUGUAAAGUUUCACACCCUUGACUGUUUCCUGUGUAAACAUGAUGGUAGCUCAGCAUUUUUUGUAAACAGAGGGUUCCUGCAUGUUUUCUACAGCAAAUUUUCCAGACUUCUUGUUAGAUAUUUGAUGCUCGAGUGCAAACCUAGAUUUUUUUUAUCUGUAAAUAAAUGCUUUUAAAAUCCAACA